AUGUCUGCUAGGAUAGAAGAUAAAGCUGAGAUUCAACAUGUUGAUCGAGUUAUCCACACUCACGACGAUAUCGUAGAUCAAGAGAAACAAGAUGUACAUAAUGGAAAGAUUGAUGCGGAAACUGCUAAAUACCUUGAUCCAACUUUGGUGAUUGAUGAUGAACUUAAUACGAAGAUUAAGCGAAUGGUCGAUAGACGAAUUUUACCGUUCUUGAUUUUGAUCUAUUUCUGUCAGACGUUCGACAAAGCUACUCUCGCAUUUUCUUCUAUCAUGGGUCUUCGAGAGGACACUCAUCUCGUAGGCCAGCAGUAUAGUACUUUGGGAACGAUUCUCUAUGCUGGUUAUCUCAUUGGAGAAGUCCCGGUCAAUCGAAUUAUCCAAAAAGUCCGCUUGGGUAAAUUCAUGGGUGGUCUCGUCAUCAUAUGGGGUACGAUCGUAUGUAUGCAUGCUGCAUGUAAGAGCUUUGGAGGUCUCUUAGCCGUUCGUUUCCUUUUGGGAUUAUUUGAAUCCGGUGUUCAACCUGCUCUCAUGACAUUGACUACUAUGUACUAUCGCCGAAAUGAGCAUCCGACGAUCAUCUCAUACUGGUAUGGCCAACAGGGUCUCCAGCUCAUGAUAUCUGGUCUCAUUGCUUUUGGCCUUACCUACGUAAAUCAUCCUGGAAUCUAUACAUGGCAGAUCCUUUUCAUCAUCGUUGGAGGGUUUACCGUCCUGGUCGGAGUAGCAGCUUUGAUUUUCCUUCCUGAUUCUCCAAUGAAAGCGAAGGACUCCAGAUGGAAAUGGGAACAAUUCUGGGAAGCCUUCAGAGAUCCCGCAGUAUGGUGUUAUUGGGUCAUGCAAAUCUCAGGAUUCAUAAUUGUGAAUGGUCUAGCUGUAUUCGCCAAUAUCAUAGUCAAGGGAUUAGGAUUCACUGUUCGACAGACUCAGUUGUUAAAUCUCGCUCAAGGUGGAUUUUCUCUGAUUAUCUUUUUCGGUACUGCAUGGGUAGCAAGAUGGACCAAUCAAACUUUACUCGUUCUUGUUGGAACGAUGUCCAUCGCACUCGCUGGUACUGUGGUACUCUUGACUGUUCCCGUAUCAGCUAAAACCGCACCCGGUUUAUUGCUCGCUUUCUACUUUGCAAACUUCGUUAUUGGUGCUGGGUCUUUGCUAUACAGUGUCGUCACUCGGAAUAUCGCCGGUCAAACUAAGAAAACUUGCGUGACUGCUAUGUUGUUCGUGACUUAUGGUGCUGGAUGUAUCAUCGGUCCACAAGUAUUCCGUGCUAAGGAUGCCCCUCGAUACAAACUCGCUUUUGCAGUCCACAUUGGCUUGUACGCUUUCUUCAUCGUUAUGACUUUGAUCCUCCGAGCGAUCUUCAUGAGGAGGAACCACGUUCGUCGAAGAGAUCACGAAGGUGCCGAGCUUACUGGAGCUGAACAAAUCGAUCACGAUCAAGCUUUCGCCGAUUUAACGGAUCUUGAAAAUAAAAAGGCUUUCAGAUAUGUAUACUAG